AUGCAUCGUUACGGAUUUGGGAUAGCAACAGCUUACACGCUUCUCGGUCAAGCAGUCGCUCAGUUGGCAACACGCACCGUGGGCGGUGGAUUCCACAAUGCUCAGCCGGCGCCUACAGACUGGGAACUUCGACGACGACAGCUCGACGGCGACAUAUCUUCGGGUACCAUCAGCAUCACCAUUGCACCUGAUGAGACCUGCGGUUUCGAUGCGGGUGGAAACCCCUACUGGACCUGCCCAAACAAUCGUCGCUGCUCGUGGGAAUCAGGUCGACUCAACCUCAUUUUCUGCGGUUGGCAGGCUCUGGCGACCAGUUGUAUUGACAGCACGUCCGUUUAUAACACAGACUUGUGCGACGAUGCCUGCUUCUCGAAUACACGUCAUAUCUUCUGCACUCAGAGCGCGUACCCUUCGUGCGUGGACAUUGCGAUCGGCGGCGAUAUCACGACUUGGGGGUGCAACACUGCGUUCACUACAUACUCUCUCGACACCACGCAGAGUCUUGAGGACCGAGAGUUUAGCACUUUAAUUCUGGUUGAUGGAACUCCGAUCACGACAUAUAUUAGUAGCCUCGCAACGGCCGAAUCCGGCACAACAAAAUCCACUGAUACCGCCAUUGACAGCGGCACAACCGCCAUAAGCAGCACGACCACGUCGACUCACAGCUCCGGUGGUGGAACCAACGUCGGUGCAAUAGUAGGAGGAGUAGUUGGAGGCCUCGCCGUUAUCGGUUUGAUUGUCAUAGGCGUUCUACUCAUCUUACAUCUACGUCGCCGAAAGCGCAACGAGAUCACCCCUCCCCCUAAUUCUGGAUUGGCACCUCAAGCCCAGCCGGAAUCGACCAUGCAAAACACGCAUAAUUUCGUCGCUUCUCCAACACAGCCCGAGUACGGAGCCAACCUGAAUUCCCCUGUCAAAUCUCAAGGUCAAGGUUUCCCGCCUCCCUCAAGCGUCUCCCCUCAUGCACCACAACAACCGAUGUACUCUCCUCCUCUUCAUCAGGUGCCACAUCCAGGCGCAGUGCAUACGUUUGAACUAGACGGAGAUAGAACAAGUCACCAUCACGGGUCGAUUCAGGAGUUGCACUAG